UUGCUGCCAGGAAGAACAAAAGAUUAACGAUCAAGUUAAUUGUUGUUUAAGUUUAGUUAAAUCGUGCUGGUUAAGUUAAAUAUUUCAAAGUGUCUUACCUCGCGCGCAUCAUAUUGUUGUGUGUAACAUAUUGCUUUAAAAUCUCUUCUUGAUAUUUCGGAUGUACUUCUAAUCGAUCAGUUUCUUUCUCCACGCAUCUUCGAACUUGAUAAAAUCGCAGUUUCAACCGAAGGAAGAUUAUUUUUAUUUUUAUGUUUAACGCAGGUGUGGAAAAUAAUUUAUCGUACAUCGAGUGCUGUUAAAUUCACAAUAAGAUAAUUAUCUUAAGAAGUGUUACUAUUUUUGGACAAAGCGAUUCACGUGUGAUAAAUUUAAUUAUCUCUGUGGGAGAGAACUCACAUACACAUGCGCAAGACACUUAAGUGCCGAGUAGAGAAGGAUUAAUAAAGAACGGUUUGUACGAACGAGACAAUUUAACGAGAUAAUUUAACAAGCGUCGCGUCAGAAAAUACAAGAGCGGGCGUUAAAUUAGCCGUCUACGAUACAGAAUCAUGGGCAUGAACAAUGUAGGACCGGUGAUCAGGAUGUCUUCGUCUGGUACGCACGGCGCAGGCGGAGUCGGCUGUUGCUGCUUCAGGUGCUGCACAUGCAUACACGUGCAGUUCUUCAAAUCAUCGCCGGGGAUCGUGAAAAUUUGCGAAACGGUAAUCAGCGGAUUAAUACAAAGUUUGCUGGUCAAUUAUGGCCUGAGGUAUAGUUCAACUAUUGGCUCGGCUUUUGAGGGAUCAUUGACCACUGCGUCGUCCUGUUUCCUGACUUCCGCUCUGUUGCUUGCCUGUUAUGCGAUUUCUGAGAAGACCUAUCGAAUGAUUCGUUCGUCACUUUUUCUGUCCAUCGUGUUUUCUUUCCAGGAGAUGAUGUUCAACUCUGUAGCCUGCUUCCUGUAUUUAAGUUCAGCAUCCUACUUGGCCUUUGCUACAAAAGUAUUUCUAAUGGCCGAGUAUUACGUGAAACCCGGCUUCGACGUUUAUCCUGCCAUGACAGCCGCUUACAUGCUGAGCGGUGCAGUCGGAGUAUUACACGGUGCAGACGCGUAUAUGUGCUACACAUAUUACAAAACCGGGAGAUAAAUCGCGGUAAUACGGACAUGAUUAUAUAAUUUUACGACAGGAAGUGGUAAUUGCGCAAAUGCCUGCGCGUAAAAUUUCUAUUUUGACAAAUAACGUUUAAGGUGUUGCAAAAUAUGAACAUCAGUGAGACGUUCGCGAAUUUAUUCCAUCAAUAUCGACGAAUUAUCAAUUUCUACGAAAGUUUCAAUGAUACGCAGCAAUAAAGAACUUUUUGAUUACGUCAAUGAGACUGGGAAGAAAUGGGACGAUAAGGAAUCGGGAUACGUAAUGAUACACGCGUUGGUGGGACUUUCCGUAUGCAUAUUGAACUAUUAUAAAACCUGUGGUAAACAUA